AGUCACUUCCACUCGAGUGUACUCAGCACUCCGCCGCAGGUAGUGGGCGGAGAGGAGUGGCACAGAAAUUGGAAAGUUUCGUUGCGAGCACUUACUACAGCUGCGCCACCAUGGCAGCAGGAAGGAGUGUUCGUGCUUUGCACACUGUGCUGCUUUUCUCGCAGCUCCUUCUGGGGCUCAAAUGUUCUUCAGCCUUCAACUUAAAAGUUUCUUCUCUCAGUCUUUUCGGCAGCAGUUUGAGACCAGACUAUCCCACGAACGUUCACCAAAACGACGGUGGAAAAUUUGAGUUGUAUGAAGCUCGAGGCAAUGGAUUGGCUUUCAUGAAGAUCUCCCUGUGGGGUAACAGCAUCAUGCAGCCAGCCCACUUCGACACUGACAUUCUGGCUCACGUCAUAGAAGGUUGUGCAAAGUGGGGGAUGGUUUAUGGAAGCGGAGAUUGGGUCGAUGCCGUUUCUACCCUGAAAGCAGGAGAUGCUUUUGUGAUUCCCAAAGAGGCAGUCGUAUGGUUUUACAAUGAGGAUGAGUCCAACACUUUCUCAUUCAUCGGCGUCGGCGAAACAUCCUGCGGUCUUAAGCCUGGCCGAAUCACGGCACUGCCCGUGGUGGGUUCGGCGAGUAUGUACCAAGGAUUCGAUGACAAGUCUGUGGCAGAUGCAUGGGCAGUCGAGAAGGUCACAGCGAGGAAGGUCAUGCACAACCAAGGGUCGAGCUUGUUCGUGAAACUGUCGGUCAAGAUCAACCUCUCGAGACCCGAAGCGAAAGCAGCUUUUAAUUGUGAGUACGUCUUCCCCACGUGGACUGUCGAUCCCGACCUCUACAUGCCUGGAGGAGGCAAGCAAUGGACGGUCCUAGCCUCCAAGAGCGUCCGUCAUAGCAUUUUGCGAAAAAUCAAUCUCGCCGGAGAGCUUAUCGAGCAAUACUCUAGGUCUAUGUACGGGCCCAUGUUCUCCACAAACGUGAACCAGCUCUUGUACGUGAUCAAAGGUCGAGGCCAUUUGGUUAUGGUGGAGCCAUUCAAGAAUGACCAGAUUCUAGACACCAGAAUCUGUGAAGGUCAAGUCAUCUCUAUUCCUAAAGGUUAUGGAUACCUGAUCACAGGCGACUACGACGAGGAGAUUACCCACUUCACGGUCGCUGAUAAUUCUGGCCCCGCAAAGACUUUCUUCGCUGGAAAGCAAUCGAUGUACUUGGGAAUUCCAUGGGAGAUUUUGAGAGCCAGUUUUGCUGUGGGUGACUCCAUAGUCGACAAAGUUCUGCACUCUCGCACAUGGGAGUACACGAUUCUCCCGCCCUACGGCUCCGCCGAUUCACUCGACCAAGGUUCAGCUGAGCCUGAACAACCCACAGAGAAAGAAAUCACCUCGGAAAUCAAAGGUGAGUAGAUGAGAUGAGAUGAACUGAGAUGCUGCGAAAUCAGGACGAUCGACACCAUCACACAUAAUCGUGCCAACCAACACAUACGUAUACGUAUCGUAUGAACGAAGAUUACGUAGUCUAGACUUUUAUUGUGGCUGGACCACUCUUGACUAUAGGAUUCCUAUUUUUUCAACCGGUUGCCGACGAGGCUUCUUGGAGAGUUCGUGUAGCAAAAGCUUAGAAUGGAAAAGCCAUAACUAGUGAGUGAGUGAGUGAAGAUAGCGUUUGGCUCCUGUUCUUAUCAUCAGUCCGCUGUUUCCAGAUGACAAGGGCCACGUAGAUUUUUCCUAUAAGAGAUUCAAAAUGUUCUGACUGAUCUCAAUCGUCAAUAAACAAUUUCGAUGCAUGACGAUAUGGCGCUGAAACACUUGCACUUGUAGUCCUGGAAUUGAAAUAAAAGCUUACCGUGAGUGA